AUGUACGUUGUUAUGGCAACAAUAGAUGGAAACACGGACGUUGAGACCCUGUUGGCUGCGAUCCACCUGGAGCGAUACCUGAAGACCUUCCGCCAGUCAGGCUUCCUCUUGGCGAGGGACCUCAGCCACCUAGACAAUGGAGGUCUUAUCCAGCUGGGCAUAACUGCCACCGGGCACAGGAAGAGAAUACUGAGGCUGGUCCAGCACAUUCAGAGGGCCACCAAUCAGAAGGAGUCGACAUCGAGGCCCUUAGAGCCCUUAUUGGAUCGUUGGCAGUCUGAGUCUGACGUUAAUUCCACACCCAUCCAAUCAGGAGUGCCGAGGUCUGACCAGAGCGGAACCGGGGCCAUUCCGUUUGAAGCGUUCCGGAAUAGUUCUGUUCCAAACAUUCCAUCCAUGUUGAUGAACUCCGGGUCAGAACAGCAGCAGCAGUACAAUGGGAAUGUUGUCAUAAAACCGGUUCCAAAACCUAGAACGGUGUUCUACAGACACAAAUCAGAACCCGCCCGAUUUAUCUCCUGUCCCAUACAACCAACACCACCAGAUCCCCAGGUUCUAACCCUAACCAGGAAACCAUCUCAGGAAUCUCUCUGCUUCACCAUAUUGGAAGGUUUGGCUUCAGGAGAAUUUAACACUGACACAGUGGUGGUGGGGCUUACCCCUACCCCUACCAUGAGACACAGCCUAAGCCUGAGAGAGAGGAGGCUGAGUAACUCCUCAGACUCUGGAGGUCCCCUGCCCCCUGUUCCCCCUCGGCUGAACCGAGGUAUCCCUCCAGCCAUGUUUAGGGGUCCUACACCCACUCCGCCAUCAUCUGGUGGAAGGACUGAACAAAACCAGGACCAGUGUAUGACUACCCCACCUCCAUCCUCCUCAUCCUCCUAUGACAACGCUGGAUUCCCCUCCGUGACCACUUCCCCACCCGGAUCCCCGAUGGAGAUGGUCUCCAAUGAGAUCUACUGUGGCGCUUUACCUGGCACUGGAGCUAGUAGUGGACGGAUUCCCUGCAACAAUCCUCAAACACCACCACGUCAGGAGAUCCAUACCACUCCUGACAGAAAUAGGUAGGUCAACGUCUGACUUUAACAUCAUAUACUCUACCUAAUAAAGUAGAAAUAUAGCCCUAGACAUCGAAAAGAGAGUCAUUUCUUUGUCUAACUAAUGUUUUGUUUGAUGUGUCUGCAGCACUUUAAGUAACAACUCUUCUGAAUCAUCCCAUGGAGGUAAGUUUACCCAUCUCUUUCUGAAAGUAACCCAACAGAUGGUUUAGUCAGACCUUAUAACUGUGUAUCCUUUAGGCCUAUAAAUGACCCUUGACCUGUUUUUAAAUCAAUGUCAUUCAAGAUAUAGUUAACACUACGCAUCGCUAAAACCUUACUUUUCGCUUACACUUUAGCAUCCAGUCGAAAUGCUUUUAUAACUGGUUGAAAAAGAGCACCACCAUGCAAUCUCUCUAUCUCUCUAUCUAUCUAUCUAUCUAUCUAUCUAUCUAUCUAUCUAUCUAUCUAUCUAUCUAUCUAUCUAUCUAUCUAUCUAUCUAUCUAUCUAUCUAUCUUCUAUUACAUUUACAUUUUAGUCAUUUAGCAGACUCUCUUAUCCAGAGCGACUUACAGGAGCAAUUAGGGUUAAGUGCCUUGCUCAAGGACACAUCGACAGAUUUUUCACCUAGUUGGCUCGGGGAUUAGAACCAGCGACCUUUCGGUUACUGGCACAACGCUCUUAACCACUAAGCUACCUGCCGCCCCUCUCUCUAUCUCUAUAUGUCUCUAUCUCCAAUAGAGGUGCUGGUUUAGACUGGUUAGGGUUAGGGCGUCCUGGUAAGAGGACCGAAAUGACCAGUAGGAGAGACUCACACUUUAUUACCACACAGCAAACAGGAUGUGGACUAGGUGGAAGUGUUGUAGUGUUAGUGGUUUGUAGCGUGUGUUGGGAGAGUCUAGGGCUUGCAGGGGAAAUGGUCCAUGGGUUGUGGCCCAGCUGUUGACGUGCGUGGCAGAGAUUUAUGCUCCUUGCUCGGCCACUGCUUGCUGAAGUCUGAGCCCGGACUUGGCUGGACUGUGCUUUUGUACUUGUCCCGGUCCCACCUGCCUAUUGGACAGAUGCCCUGAGGAGAUGCAGGUCGGCAGGGUCAAAGGUGGUGAUGGGCGGUCAAAUGUCCCAAUCAGAGGUCACUGGGUGUGGCAUGUAACUGGAGAGCUCCAGAGGUGCGAACAGAGUAGCCUGUAAACAAUGGGGAUCUAUCCCCCGCCUUUGCUCUGCAGGGUCAGGGAGUCAGGCAGAGACGGGGGAAGGUUGGCUACUUGUUUCAAGAGUUAGAGAGGGCUGUGAGUUAGUAUUCAGGGAGAGGGACUGUACGGGCUUUCUACACUGGUUACGAGCAUGUAUGAACCUUUAUUAUAAUAUCUUAUAACAAGGCUUAUAAUAUGCUAUGUCAUUUCUUCCUGCACCAACAGUCCCCAUGGAGGAGCCGGAGGAGGAGAUCAGUCCAUACUGUGAAACAGUCUUCCAGAGCAGACGACCACUGCACCACUCUGAGGUGAGACUGGGAGGCUGAGGAUGCGUCCCAAAUGACACCCUAUUCUCCCUAUAGUGCACUAUUUUUGACCAGAGCCCUAUAGGCUUUCCAGGAAAAACAUCAAAUGGUGUCUGAAAUGGCACUAUGGGCCCUAGUCAAAAAGUAGUGCACUAUAUAGGGAAUAGGGUGUCAUUUGGGACAGCGCCCGAGUCUGUUAUCAGGUUACAAGAACCCAUCAGAGUUAUAUUGUGUUUAGUGUUUGUGGUCACUUUGGUUCUCCUGACAUUGAUGAACGUGUUCUCCAUGUUGUGUUCUCAAAGGUGGAAAGGACCAAAAGUGAAGGAAAGACAAGAAAGGAGGAAGAGAAGCACGGAGAGGAUCAUGGGUAAAUUAUUGUGUCUAGAGGAGUGGAUAAUGAGACUGGCGUUCCAAUGAAACAUAACAUCUUCUUACACAACUCUGACUACAGCCACAGAGAGAAAAUAGUCUACUGUAUUUAAAAUAUUAUUUUCUCUCCAUCUUUUCAAUCCAAUGUUGUUACCUGCUACCAGACGCCGUAUUCUCACUCUAGAGAAACCUAAAGAGGCUGGAGUCAAGGUUAUUACAAAUGCAUCAAUCAGUUACAGAGACUGUCUUUGCACUGCAGGACACCUAAACUCUCCUGGGCCAAACGUCUGUCCCAGGCCCUCCACAGUGAGUCCCAGGGCUACAGCACAGUAGGAGAGGCAGCACCACCCCCUCGCUGCCUCUCCUUACCCCCCAACCUGUACCCCUCGGAGCCGGAUGAGGACCAGACGAUAUCCCCCUACGCCAGCUACACCUCUCUCUCUGAGCCGACUGCUCCCAUCAUCUGUGGCUGGCUGGAUAAGCUUUCACCACAAGGGUAUGCCGGGUCCGGGUCCGGGUCCUGGUCCGGGUCCUGGUCCUGGUCUGGGCUGACGGUCCUUUCCUCCUUUCCUCCCUCCGUCUUCUCCUCCCUUCUGAGGAACUGUCUCUGCCUCGUCUCUGUCCUCUCAAACCGGUGUGUCUCUCGCUUCUUCUUCUUUUCCCCCACUGUGUUUCUCCAAUCUGUUUUCGUGUUUCUUGCUAAAUGUUUUUAAAAAAUGUCAUAUGCACUGCCUUCAGAAAGCACUCACACCUGAGCACAUUUCUGGUCUGCUGAGCGCAAACUCGAUUUGUUAUGAAAAUGCUGUGCAACUUCCGGCACGCGUUUACAGUGUUUUAUUGAUCAUAAUGUAGGCCUACCAGAGUGGCCUACCAUCAAAAACAAUGGAGAGAAUGCAUCCCAUAACAUUUUAACACGGAAAUAGCUGUUCUAUCAUUCAGCCUACAGUAGCAGCCAAUGUGUGGUGUUCAAUGUAGGCCUACAUUCCAUGAGACUUUUGAAAAUAAAUAACAUGCAGGGCUUGACAUUAACCUGUUCAUCCACUUGUCCUUCAGACAAGGAGGUGACUGAAAAUACUAUGUUUGAUGCAAGAAACCACUUUACAAAAUACAAUUCAUUAUUAUUCCCAUACCAUUAUUACAGAGAAUCAGACAGAUUAUACUACCCUCUGCCUAUUGGCUACUUAAUUUAUUCAAGCCUGUCUCAAAAUACAACACUACCCCUUUUAAGACAAAAAACCUUUACCUGACUCUCUUUUCAAAGAUGUCUAGAAAAGCACACGGUUUGUGCACUUGUAGGAAGCAAUCACUCCCCCAUUACUGACUACAAAUGAUCUAUAACUGAUUAAUUAGCGAAGGAUAUGUACAAAUGUGCACACGUCGCUACAUGUAGCUCUCGUUUUGAUCUCAAAACAAGCGCUUCUAAUCACGACCGCUCAUGCUGUAAAAACAGUCCAGUUCAAAGUGAAUGGCACAGAUCCAUAUGUGGCAAUGGCUAUUUGCAUAUAGGCCUACCGCAGCUCUGAUUUGGUUAUGGCGCACCGGUCUGUGUAGAUUACGGGCCUGGGUCAUGCCUGUCAAUGCAAAAGAAUCCUACUCCAAUGCGUUCUGCCUACAAGAAAAUCUCUUGCACAGUUAGUUUUGCAUAUUAAGUCUUGCAUAGUUUGUUUUGUGUCGGUAUAUUACAUUGAACAUGGCUGAUAUUGCAUUGAUUCGAUCACAAUUUCAACAGUAAAGGGAAACGUUGAUAGUGUUAACUAACAGGGGGAAAACUCAAGAAAGUUGAGUGUAGUGCAAUCUCUUGAUUCUCUGCACGCGCUGAUAUUUCUUCUGCGCAGCAGUCCCAGGGUGCUGCACGCUCGCACACUCGCGCAGUUUAGUGGGAAAAUCACGCCUUUACUUUUUCCACAUUUUGUUGUGUUACAGCCUGAAUUUAAAAAUAGAUUAAAUUGAGAUUUUUUGUCACUGGCCUACACACAGUACCUCAUAAUGUCAAAGUGGAAUUAUGUUUUUAGAAAUGUUUACUAGUUAAUUAAAAAUGAAAAGCUGAAAUGUCUUGAGUCAAUAAGUAUUCAACCCCUUUGUUAUGGCAAGCCUGUCACGAUCGUCUACCAAUGAGGAGGACCAAGGCGCAGCGUUGAAAGCGAACAUAUUUAUUAAAUUGGAAUGAUCACACGAUCAAAACAAUAGACGAUAACGUGAUGUCUACGGUUUUACACAAACCAAAAUAGAACAAAAUCCCACAAACCCGAAUGAAAAACAGACAGUUUAAAUAUGGCUCCCAAUCAGAGACAACCCACGACAGCUGACACUCGUUGCCUCUGAUUGGGAGUCUCUCUGGCCAACAUAGAAAUAAACACCCAUAGAAACAAAACCCAUAGAUCUACACACCCUGGCUCAACAUAACAGUGUCCCCAGAGCCAGGGCGUGACAAAGCCUAAAUACAGUGGCUUGCGAAAGUAUUCACCCCCCCUUGGCAUUUUUCCUAUUUUGUUGCCUUACAACCUGGAAUUAAAAUGGAUUUUUGGGGGGUUUGUAUAAUUUCAUUUACACAACAUGCCUACCACUUUGAAGAUGUAAAAUAAAAUUGAUUGUGAAACAAACAAGAAAUAAGACAAAAAAACAGAACAUGAGCGUGCAUAACUAUUCACCCCCUACCCCCCCCCCCCCCCCCCCCCCCCCCCCCCCCCCCCCAAAGUCAAUACUUUGUAGAGCCACCUUUUGCAGCAAUUACAGCUGCAAGUCUCUUGGGGUAUGUCUCUAUAAGCUUGGCACAUCUAGCCACUGGGAUUUUUGCCCAUUCUUCAAGGCAAAACUGCUCCAGCUCCUUCAAGUUGGAUGGGUUCCGCUGGUGUACAGCAAUCUUUCUAAGUCAUAUCACAGAUUCUCAAUUGGAUUGAUGUCUGGGAUUUGACUAGGCCAUUCCAAUACAUUUAAAUGUUUCCCCUUAAACCACUCAAGUGUUGCUUUAGCAGUAUGCUUAGGGUCAUUGUCCUGCUGGAAGGUGAACCUCCGUCCCAGUCUCAAAUCUCUGGAAGACUGAAACAGGUUUCCCUCGAGUUUCCCUGUUUUUAGCGCCAUUCAUCAUUCCUUCAAUUCUGACCAGUUUCCCAGUCCCUGCCGAUGAAAAACAUCCCCACUGCAUGAUGCUGCCACCACCAUGUUUCACUGUGGGGAUGGUGUUCUCGGGGUGAUGAGAGGUGUUGGGUUUGCGCCAAACAUAGCGUUUUCCUUGAUAGCCAAAAAGCUCAAAUUUAGUCUCAUCUGACCAGAGUAAUUUCUUCCAUAUGUUUGGGGAGUCUCCCACAUGCCUUUUGGCGAACACCAAACAUGUUUGCUUAUUUUUUCUUUAAGCAAUGGCUUUUUUCUGACCACUCUUCCGUAAAGCCCAGCUCUGUGGAGUGUAUGGCUUAAAGUGGUCCUAUGGACAGAUACUCCAAUCUCCGCUGUGGAGUUUUGCAGCUCCUUCAGGGUUAUCUUUGGUCUCUUUCUUGCCUCUGAUUAAUGCCCUCCUUUCCUGGUCCGUGAGUUUUGGUGGGCAGCCCUCUCUUGGCAGGUUUGUUGUGGAUUUAAUGGUGUUCCGUGGGAUGUUCAAAGUUUCAGAUGUUUUUUUAUAACCCUGAUCUGUGCUUCUCCACAACUUUGUCCCUGACCUGUUUGGAGAGCUCCUUGGUCUUCAUGGUGCCGCUUGCUUGGUGGUGCCCCUUGCUUAGUUGUGUUGCAGACUCUGGGGCCUUUCAGAACAGGUGUAUAUAUACUGAGAUCAUGUGACAGAUCAUGUGACACUUAGAUUGCACACAGGUGGACUUUAUUUAACUAAUUAUGCGACUUCUGAAGGUAAUUGGUUGCACCAGAUCGUAUUUAGGGACUUCAUAGCAAAGGGGGUGAAUACGUAUGCACGCACCACUUUUCCGUUAUUUAUUUUUGAGAAUGUUUUUUUUCACUUCACCAAUUUGGACUAUUUUGUGUAUGUCCAUUACAUGAAAUCCAAAUAAAAAAUCGAUUUAAAUUACAGGUUGUAAUGCAACAAAAUAGGAAAAACGCCAAGGGGGAUGAAUACUUUUGUAAGGCACUGUAAGUUCAGGAUUCAACAUUUGCACAACAAUUCACAUAAGUUGCAAGGACUCACUCUGUGUGCAAUAAUAGUGUUUACCAUGCUUUUUGAAUGACUACCUCAUCUCUGUACCCCACACAUACAAUUAUCUGUAAGGUCCCUCAGUUGAAUUGUGAAUUUCAAACACCAAUUCAACUACAAAGGCCAGGGAGGUUUUCCAAUGCCUCGCAAAGAAGGGCACCUAUUGGUAAAUGGGUAAAACAUUUAAAAAAGCAGACAUUGAAUAUCCCUUUGGGCAUGGUGAAGUUAUUAAUUACACUUUGGAUGGUGUAUCAAUACACCCAGUCACUACAAAGAUUCAGGCGUCCUUCCUAACUCAGUUGCCGUAGAGGAAUGAAACCGCUCAGGGAUUUCACCAUGAGGCCAAUUUAAAACAGUUACAGAGUUUAAUGGCUGUGAUAGGAGAACACUGAGGAUGGAUCAACCACAUAGUAGUUACUCCCCAAUACUAACCUAAUUGACAGAGUGAAAAGAAGGAAGCCUGUACAGAAUAUAAAUAUUCCAAAACAUGCAUCCUGUUUGCAACAAGGCACCUAUUGGUCAAAAUAAAAAAGCAAACAUUGAAUAUCCCUUUGAGCAUGGUGAAGUUAUUAAUUACACUUUGGAUGGUGUAUCAAUACACCCAGUCACUACAAAGAUACAGGCGUCCUUCGUAACUAAGUUACCAGAGAGGAAGGAAACCGCUCAGGGAUUUCACCAUGAGGCCAAUGGUGACUUUAAAACAGUUAGAUUAUUGGGUGUGGAAGGAAAAAAAUGAGGAUAGAUCAACAAUAUUGUAGUUACUCCGCAGUACUAACCUAAUUGACAGAGUGAAAGGAAGGAAUCCUGUACAGAAUAAAAACGAUUCCAAAACAUGCAUCCUGUUUGCAAUAAAACACUCAAGUAGAAAUGUGGCAAAGAAAUGAACUUUAUGUCCUGAAUAAAAAAGCGUUAUGUUUGGGGCAAAUCCAACACAAACAACUGAGUACCACUCUUCAUAUUUUCAAGCAUAGUGGUGUCUGCAUCAUGUUAUGGGUAUGUUUGAAAUAGGCAUGGACUAGGGAGUUUUUUUGGGGGGGGUAAAAAGAAACUGAAUAGAGCUAAGCACAGGCAAAAUCCUAGAGGAAAACCUGGUUCAGUCUGCUUUCCAACAGACACUGCGAGACAAAUUCAUUUUUCAGCAGGACAAUAACCUAAAACACAAGGCCAAAUAUACUCUGGAGUUGGUUACCAAGACGACAUUGAAUGUUCCCGAGUAGCCUAGUUACAGUUUUGACUUAAAUCGGCUUGGAGAUCUGUGGCAAGACUUGCAAAAUGGCUGCCUAGCAAUGAUCAACAACCAACCUGACAGAGCUUGAAGAAUUAAAAAAUAAUAAUGUGCAAAUGUUGCACAAUCCAGGUGUGCAAAGCUCUUCGAGACUUACCAAGACUCACAGCUUUAAUCGCUGCCAAAGGUGCUUCUACAAAGUAUUGACUCAGGGGUAGGAGUACUUUCUGAAAGCACUGUCUCUGUCCUCUCAAACCGGUGUGUCUCGCUUCUUCAUCUCCAAUCUGUUUUUGUGUUUCUUGUUAAAUGCUAAACAGUUAAUAUCGCUCGAAAUGGGGCUCUGCUUUGCCCUUGAAAUGGUACUGAUUUAUUUUUUCCAUUUUAAGUCAGUGGUAUGAGAAUCUGAUCAUUUUUGUAUUUGGCUUUCUAGGAACUAUGUAUUCCAGAAACGCUAUGUGAAGUUUGAUGGCAAAAAUCUGAUGUACUUCGGCAGUGAAAAGGUAGGCCCUUUUUUUCCCUGAAUGAUGGACUGUAUUAGAUUUUGAUUGAGAGAACACCAGGAUUGUUCAUUACAAUAUGUCUCUUUUACCAUUCUCUCCAAGGACCCGUACCCCAAAGGAGUGGUUCCUCUGGCUGCAAUACAGAUGGCCCGCAUGGCCAAAGACAAUAAAUUUGAGAUAGUGACAAGUCACAGGACGUUUGUCUUCCGGGCUGAUAACGAAGGUAAACUAAGUAUUUAAAAAAACAGCAAUUAAAAUCUCACAAAGCAACGACAGACAUCCAGUUGUCCCAAUUCCCCAUCGUGGAUUUUAAAGCUUUGGUUAUGUGUUGUUAAAUCCAAGUGUGCAAGUGUAUACUUGAGGAGAAAGGUGGAUGAUUGGGACCCAGCUAUAGAGGAAUCCUCAGGGCAUACAAGCAGAAACCAACCAUGUGACAACCUCUAUGUUGGACCAAUGUUGACCCAAUAACCUUAUUUUCUCUCUGGAGACUCAAAUGACCCAAUCUUGCAAAAUAGCCUCUGCGAGACAAGGUAGUAUCAGUUACUGUCAUAAUCUCAUAGUGGAAGCAUCUUGUUUAGGACUUUUAUUUUAGGCUACUGAUUCCUCUGGUUUUUACCUAUUAGGAAAUGAUUUGGUAUCAAAAGAUAGUUUCUGGUACAAUUGGUAACUGACUGGUACAAAAGGGUGCUUGGUUUGAAUCCAAACGACACAAACAAUAAAUUCACAUAUUGUUAUUGUGUAAUUACCAUUUUACCAUGAAACUUUCAUAGUAAAUACCUGGUAAUACCAACCAUCGUCUUUCUACCUGCCCCCCUCUCAGUGCAGAGACAUCAGUGGUGCAGCACCCUACAGGGGAGGGUGAAGGAACAGCUUGUGUUUGGGCGUCCUCGCUUCGGUCCCGGCAGCCACUGUCAGAAGAGUGGUCCUCUGGAGCUCAAAGGGACCAAGUCAAAAGUUUACGUCGCCAUCAAUACAGAACAGGUCUGGCUGUACAAGAGCGAACAGUGUUUUCGGAAUGGGAUAGGAAUCACGUUGAUAGAGGCCCGAGGGGCUACGAUCAGAGACGGCAAAGGAAAAAGCUUUGACCUCAUCACCCCUUACAAAACAUUCAGGUGCGUGUCUACUGACAUGGUAAUAACAUUUUUUAUACGUUUCUCUAGUUUUGGCAACAACAAAGUCUGUUCGUCAUGAACUUCCAUGUACACCGUUGUUUUUGAAUCCCCUGAAAACGGAGACAAUUGUGUUUUGAUUGAUUGAGUGAUUUGAUUGUCCCUGUAGUUUCACGGCUGAGUCUGAGCGGGAGAAGAGGGACUGGAUGGAGGCUGUACAGGAGUCCAUAGCAGAGACCCUGUCCGACUACGAGGUGGCUGAGAAGAUCUGGUCCAACAGGUUUAAUAAGAUCUGUGCUGACUGCAAAGCCGUCAACCCUGACUGGGCCUCCAUAAACCUCUGUGUUGUCAUCUGUAAGAACUGUGCAGGUGAGACAGUGUUUCCCCUACUAUUGUAUAGGUGGGGCGGGCUCCCCCCCCCCUCCCUAGCUCUGUUGCCCCCUGCCUAAAAGAGCGUGGUUUCAGUUUUGACGCCAGAUGGCCUAGCUAGUUCUGGUGGACUUAGCGUCCCGUCUGGUGAGUGUGAUUUGAUAGGAUGGCACUGGCAGCUGUUGGCCAGGUGGCUUAGUUAUCGGGUCAUUGACAUGAGACACAACAGUUUAAUUCUCACCUGUGUUGUUUUCAGCACAUCUGUGCCAGGUGAAGCGGCUCUGGAAAUGUUUCCAAAUACACACAUCAUUUCCCCUCUCUUGUGCCUGAGUAUCCUGUUGCCAACACAAUACCACUGUCUGGUGGCAGUAGAGUGAUUGUCGUGGUCUUUUGUCCCUUUUCCCCUGCAGGUCAACACAGAGGUCUGGGGACUAUGGUGUCUAAAGUACAGAGCCUGAAACUGGACACCAGCGUGUGGAGCAAUGAGAUCGUGCAGGUGAGAGGAAAGAGAAGUGUUCUUCAGGGAAGGGGGAUGGAGAGAGUCAGGGGAAAAUGCUCACGUUUAUUUUAGUUAAGUGGCAAAAUAUUUUCCAGGAUACUGAAAUUCGUUUGUUUUGUUGUGUAUCAAGGACCAUUUUCACCUCCAACAAAUCCAUAAUAUUGGAACAGAGUUUAAAUAUGUUUUGUACAUUUUAAGUUGAAAAUCAGAUGAUAGACUGUGACUAUAGUAAGGCCCACAUGGGUUCACAUUAUUCUGUGGUUUUGUGGGAACUGUUCUGUGUUUGUGUUCGCCAGCUCUUCAUAAUGUUGGGGAACGACCGAGCCAACGAGUUCUGGGCGGCCAGGCUAUCUCCGGCCGACGAGUUAGACCGUGACGCCACACCAGACCAGCGGAGGGAGUUUAUCAUCCACAAGUACCGUGAGGGGCGCUACCGACACCCCCACCCCAACUUCAACACACAGGAGGAGCUGCUCAAGGUACAGUGACACAAAUAGUAUAGAUUUUCAAAUGUAAAGCUGCUAUAAGAGGAUCCAAAGGACAUGUGUGGUGUGUUGUAAAGGCUGUAUUAUCAUAAACCCUUAUUGUGUACGAAUGGAGAACAUUUCUAGUUUGUUAUGAAAUAAUAACUAAAUGACUGUAUCUGUGUUGACAGCCUUGACGGCUGCUGUGCCUCUCAGUAAAAACACAUGGUUACACACUACCCUUACGGGAAAAACCACAUGAAUUUCACGUGAUCACACGUGAAGUGUUCCAAAAAAACAAACACAUGUAGUCUAAAUGUGUGCCUUUUUACAGAAGAAACACAUAAUUUCACAUGUGAAAUCGUGUGUUUUUUAAAAUUUUCUGUAAGGUUUUCAUUUAGACUAGAUGGUAUCGGUGGUAGUUUUUAGUAUCUGUAAUCUGUACUAGAGUUCAAGUUAGGGCUAUAGCUGCCUGUAGGUAACAUGCAGCUAGACUUUUAUCCCAACAAUAAUGACAUGGAAUGUGCUUUGAAAUGAAAACAACUGGAGAGAGUAGAUAAAAGGGGGGGCUAGUUGAAUGGAGAGGGGAAUUUUUGGAAUUUGGGCUGAAUGUCUGUCCCUGUGGCUGUGGAUGAUUUUAGUGGUGCGUACGUGCUGUGUGUGUGUGUGUGUGUGUGUGUGUGUGUGUCCUCUGUGUGUGUGUCCUCUCUCAGUGUGUUUGUGUGUGUGGUGCGUCAGCCUAAUGCGUCCCCUAAUGCGUCCCCCCCCUCUCUCUCCCUCUAUCUCUGCCCUGCAGGUUCUGUGUACUGCUGUGACCGAGCAGAACCUGCUGAAGACGGUCACCCAGAUCUUCACCGAGGCAGAGGCUGUCCGAGCCCGCCUCGCUGACUCUAAUGGCUAUGACAAGCAUCUGUCUCAGGAAUACUCCCACUCUCAGGGCACCUCAGGUAAGGCAGGGGACAGGCUUUAUUUUCCUGCUGGACCUUUUAUCCAUUAUGUGACUUGUGCGACCAUGCAGUGUAAAGUAAUGUGCUCAGCAGCCCUCUGGAAAAGGCUUUCAAGUAAUUACAGCAUGGGUCAUGGUUUGAUAGAGAACCCAGAUAACCUUUUGGAUAGUUAUCAUCAGGGGCGCAACUUUCACUGGGGACGGUGACGGGGGACAUGUCCCCCCCACAUUCUGAAAUUGCAUUUAUGUCCCCCCCCCCCCCCCCCCCCCCCCAAUUCAUAAGCAUUUAUCAAAUUCCUAAUGAUUUAUGAACAAUUUAUCAUCUUGUAAAUGCAUUUAUUAUGGCUUAUUCAUGAAACUCUUUUAUGAAGUUUGACUUUAACGUUUUGACCUGUUUGCCUAGACCCCAACGUGUACAGUGUGAUGGCUAGACUUAAAACUUCUCUAUCUUCCUAAUGUAUUUUUUUCUGAUGUUCCUCCCUGUUUCCUCAGACCCCAGUGUGUAUGAUGAGAUUAUGCAGGCGGUGCUUCAUUCCGGCUACCUCUACAAGUCAGCCUCAAUGAACAAAGGGACAUUAUCAAGGAAAACCCGAGAAGGUGUGUGUGUGUGUGUGUGUGUGUGUGUGUGUGUGUGUGUGUGUGUGUGUGUGUGUGUGUGUGUGUGUGUGUGUGUGUGUGUGUGUGUGUGUGUGUGUGUGUGUGUGUGUGUGUGUGUGGUGUGUGUGGUGUGUGUGGUGUGUGUGUGGUGUGUGUGGUGUGUGUGGUGUGUGUGGUGUGUGUGGUGUGUGUGUGUGUGUGUGUGUGUGUGUUGGCAGGUGCUAACAGCACACCACUUGGCAGCGGUUGAAUAGAGGAAUACUGCCUCCUCAGUAACAUCAGCAUAAAGGCCUGAAGAGAACAAACCAAAUACUGACUGGGCCAAUACUGCUCUGUUAGGAAAUACACUACCCACUGUCCAUGGCUGGAGUUUCUCUACAGUAAAACAGAGCGUUGUGAUUUGGAAGUUACUCCUAGUUACUUGUAGUUUCUUUCUCUCUAAAAAUCACAGUGCCAUCCGUUUUGUCUCCAAAGCCCCAUAUACUACCCACCACUGUGACCUGUACGCUCUUGUUGGCUGGUCCUCACUACAAAUUCGUCGCCAAACCCACUGGCUAGUAUCUCUAUUUGCACCUCAUCUCUUGCACAUCUAUCACUCCAGUGUUAAUACCAAUUGUAAUUAUUUUGCACUAUAGCCUAUUUAUUGCCUUACCUCCAUAACUUGCUACAUUUGCACACACUAUAUAUAUACACUGCUCAAAAAAAUAAAGGGAACACUUAAACAACACAAUGUAACUCCAAGUCAAUCACACUUCUGUGAAAUCAAACUGUCCACUUAGGAAGCAACACUGAUUGACAAUACAUUUCACAUGCUGUUGUGCAAAUGGAAUAGACAACAGGUGGAAAUUAUAGGCAAUUAGCAAGACACCCCCCCAAUAAAGGACUGGUUUUGCAGGUGGUGACCACAGACCACUUCUCAGUUCCUAUGCUUCCUGGCUGAUGUUUUGGUCACUUUUGAAUGCUGGCGGUGCUUUCACUCUAGUGGUAGCAUGAGACGGAGUCUACAACCCACACAAGUGGAUCAGGUAGUGCAGCUCAUCCAGGAUGGCACAUCAAUGCGAGCUGUGGCAAGAAGGUUUGCUGUGUCUGUCAGCGUAGUGUCCAGAGCAAGGAGGCGCUACCAGGAGACAGGCCAGUACAUCAGGAGACGUGGAGGAGGCCGUAGGAGGGAAACAACCCAGCAGCAGGACUGCUACCUCCGCCUUUGUGCAAGGAGGAGCAGGAGGAGCACUUCCAGAGCCCUGCAAAAUGACCUCCAGCAGGCCACAAAUGUGCACGUGUCUGCUCAAACGGUCAGAAACAGACUCCAUGAGGGUGGUAUGAGGGCCCGACGUCCACAGGUGGGGGUUGUGCUUACAGCCCAACACCGUGCAGGACGUUUGGCAUUUGCCAGAGAACACCAAGAUUGGCAAAUUCGCCACUGGCGCCCUGUGCUCUUCACAGAUGAAAGCAGGUUCACACUGAGCACGUGACAGACGUGACAGAGUCUGGAGACGCCGUGGAGAACGUUCUGCUGCCUGCAACAUCCUCCAGCAUGACCGGUUUGGCGGUGGGUCAGUCAUGGUGUGGGGGUGGCAUUUCUUUGGGGGGCCGCACAGCCCUCCAUGUGCUCGCCAGAGGUAGCCUGACUGCCAUUAGGUACCGAGAUGAGAUCCUCAGACCCCUUGUGAGACCAUAUGCUGGUGCGGUUGGCCCUGGGUUCCUCCUAAUGCAAGACAAUGCUAGACCUCAUGUGGCUGGAGUGUGUCAGCAGUUCCUGCAAAAACAAGGCAUUGAUGCUAUGGACUGGCCCGCCCGUUCCCCAGACCUGAAUCCAAUUGAGCACAUCUGGGACAUCAUGUCUCGCUCCAUCCACCAACGCCACGUUGCACCACAGACUGUCCAGGAGUUGGCGGAUACUUUAGUCCAGGUCUGGGAGGAGAUCCCUCAGGAGACCAUCCGCCACCUCAUCAGGAACAUGCCCAGGCGUUGUAGGGAGGUCAUACAGGCACGUGGAGGCCACACACACUACUGAGCCUCAUUUUGACUUGUUUUAAGGACAUUACAUCAAAGUUGGAUCAGCCUGUAGUGUGGUUUUCCACUUUAAUUUUGAGGGUGACUCCAAAUCCAGACAGGACUCUCAAAUUUGAUUUCCAUUGAUAAUUUUUGUGUGAUUUUGUUGUCAGCACAUUCAACUAUGUAAAGAAAAAAGUAUUUAAUAAGAUUAUUUCAUUCAGAUCUAGGAUGUGUUAUUUUAGUGUUCCCUUAAUUUUUUUGAGCAGUGUAUUUUCUGUUGUAUUUUUGACUUUAUGUUUUGUUUUACCCCAUAUGUAACUCUGUGUUGUUGUUGUUUUUAUCGCACUGCUUUGCUUUAUCUUGGCCAGGUUGCAGUUGUAAAUGAGAACUUGUUCUCAACUGGCUUACCUGGUUAAAUAAAGGUGAAAAAAAUAUAUAUAUAAUAAAAUUAAAAAAACGCAGCCCAUCAUAAAAAUCCCAAAUGUAAUUUUUUUUUAAAGGGACCUCGAUUUCCAGGCUUCUUCACGUUUGUUCACUCUAAUAGGGAUAAAUGAGAUUCUUAAGUGGCAACGCGAGACUAUUUAGAAAGUAACAGCCAAUACUUUUGCUGUUAUUUGCUCCCCAGAUUUCCAGAAGUACUGGUGCACGGUGGAGAGGUCUCUUCUGUUCUAUGAGUCUGACCGAUGUCCUGAUCCUAGCAUGAAGAUCAACGUCAAAGACAUCCUCUGUCUGGGGGUCAGCAGGCCGGACUCCUGCAACAACAACGGCUUCAUUGACAGGUUAGAGGACCAAUCAUGGCAUAGUAACUAAUGAAGGUGGUCAAUCACACUGUCUAUUUCAAACACGUGGAAAAGAUACGUUUAGCAUGAAAUGGUUAUAUCACUGCCACUCAAUGUACAGGUAUCUACCAACUAGCGUUGAUCUAGUGCCCUUCUCUUUUGUUCCUGUGUCUCGUUGUAGGUUUCUCUAUACGUUUGAACUGUACUUGUCCUCGGAGAAGCUCUAUCAGUUUGGAUUGGAAACUCCUGAGGCACUGCAAUGUUGGGCCAAGGCCAUCGGAAAGGUAUGAGAUUACUUUCUAUCCCAGAAGAGUGCAAUGCCUGCACAUUGAUAAUGCCAAUGUUCAGCUUUACUGAUAUUGUCAGAGCUCUUUCAGCUCUGAACGUUGUAAUGUCCUAUGCAUACUUAAGGGGGGGUUACAGUGAAGUGUUUCCUCCUUUCUGACUAACACAGUCUAUGGACUGUACUAGCCUGGUAUGUGUCUGUUCAGUGUUCCCUCCUGUACUUUAACUACUUCCUGUGUUCCCUUCCUCAGGCCGCCACACCUUUAAGCUGCCACUGCCUGCUAGCGAGGGAGUUUGAGCGGGUGGGAGUGCUGCGCUACAAGGCCAUGCGAGACCCUUCUCAGUGGAAAGAGGGAUAUUUUGUCCUUCAGAAGUCUAACCUCUUCAUCUGCCCUGGGAACGAUGGAGCAGCUGAGGACAUUAUCAACCUUAAACGUCUGCAAGAGCUCAGUGAGUCUCCUGUCCUGACCCUAGCUUUACUGGGCACUGUGUGGUAAUGUGGUUGCUCAAAUAACGUUUGGUAACUCCUCAUUGAGACAUUUUAUGCCCUAACUAUGGAUUGUAAUAAACUGUCAACAAAGUGGGGUACUAUAGUCAUUUUAAAACCCGUCUGACUAUAAAGAAAAAAGCCUACUGCCAGCUUGAUCAUGGACAUUUCUGGGCCUUAACUACCCCAAGCAUCGUUUCUUUGAGCAACUGUCUGCUGAUGAAUGAUUUGGUCCGGUCUUCCAUUUGUUCUGUGUUUGUCUCCUAGGUAUAGUAACUGAGAACCAAAACCAUGAGAAGAAGGAAAUUCUGGUUUUGGUUGAAAAAGGAAGGUUGGUUUUCAGUCUCUUCCUUUUCUCAUUCAGUACAUACUGUAUAUUAAUUACACAGUAUGUCAACAUAUCAUGGCUAGUUUGGCGCCUAUAAUAUACCCAGCUAAGGGUGGAAUUGGUGGGGAAUGGAAUUUCCAGAAUGAAAAAUAAUUUUACCAUGUAAAUUAGUUUUUUGGAGCUGGACUCCGAGUGAGUUUGCAGUCGUGAUUUUCUCUGAACCUUCACCUCUGAGUAUCGACAUGUCUUCCCCCCCCCAGGACGCUGCACCUCCAGGGGAUGGGUCGGUUAGACUUCUCCCUGUGGUACGCAGACAUCCAGAGAGCUGCUGGAGGGAAGGGCAACACCCUGAGAGAACAGCAGCUCAGCAGGAAUGACAUCCCCAUCAUUGUAGACAGCUGCAUCGCCUUCAUCACUCAAUAUGGUGAGGGGGGAGUCUGGAUAUUCCAUUCCAUUCCAUUAUAGCAAAGGAUAGAGGAUUCUGCGUUAUCAACGACAAAAUGGCACAUUUUCCAGUGAUCUUGUGGAUCCAUGAUAGGAUCCAUAGCAUUUGAUGCAUUUUCAGUAGAAGUAAUCCUUUUUAUAUUAAGGUAUACAAUACCAAUGUAUAUAAAGGGGUUUAUAAAUAGUUAAUCAAUUCAUUAUAACUCUGCAGUGGCCUGUGCACUGUAGUGUUUCUUUUCCCAGUUUAGCUGUACUUUAUGACAGACAGAGACAGGAAAUACUAGCUUAAUACUGAUGUACAGGAUCUGAUCUGUGAUCUGCUCGUCCAGGUCUGGGUCAUGAGGGGAUCUACAGGAAGAACGGAGCCACGUCCAGGAUCAAGCUACUGAUGGAGGAGUUCAGGAACGAUGCUCGGAACGUCAAGCUCCGGAUCGGGGAUAACUUCAUUGAGGACGUGACCGACGUGUUGAAGAGGUUCUUCAGGGAGAUAGACGACCCCAUCUUCAUGGCUGACCUGCAUCCACUAUGGAAGGAGGCUGUCAGUAAGUACCGGUGUUAUCAUCACAGACAGCAUACAUAUGAAGCUACUGUUUUGUUGUGUUUUCGAAGUUGUGUCUCUGACUUAAUCACUCGACCUAGUCCUCUUGGUCCCCUCAGAGUUAUAGGGCUUCCACCAAGCUGUUUCACUGGUGCCCGUCAGGAUGUACCAUAACGUAUCCUUUUGAAAUCGAGCUGGUUCCUGUUUGUCCCUUUUUUAUAGGAACAGCCAAGGAUAAGAGCCAGCGUCUGGACAGAUACAAGGAGAUCAUCCGUAGUUUACCCAGAGUCAACAGGACGACUCUGGCUGCUCUCAUCAGCCACCUCUAUAGGUCAGUAGCCCCUCAAACUGGACCAUUUUUAAUGUUUAGGUAACAUCACUGGCAACUAAGCAGAGUUGGGGUCAAUUCCAUUUCAAAUUUUCUUCCUGAAUUCAAAUAGAAUUGACCCCAACCCUAAACUGUACAAUUUAUCAUACUUAGACAACCUCACUGCCAAUUUAUCAUACUUAGACAACCUCACUGCCAAGUUGGCAACUGUUUGUGCUCUCUCUCUCUCUCUCUCUCUAUCUCUCUCCUCUCUCUCUCUCUCAUCUCUCCCUCUUCUCUCCCUCUCUCUCUCUCUCUCUAUUACUUCUUCUCUCUCUCUCUCUCUCUCUCUCUCGGUCCCCAGGGUUCAGAAGUUCUCUCUCUCUCUUUCUCUCUCUCUCUCUCUCCCAGGGUUCAGAAGUGUUCUCUCUCUCUCUCUUAUUCAGAGGUGUAGCUCAGUUGGUAGAGCAUGGCAUUGCAACGCCAGGGUGUGGGUUCGAUUCCCACGGGGGGGGCCCAGUAUGGAAUAAAAGUAUGAAAAUGUAUGUACUCACUAACUGUAAGUCGCUCUGGAUAAGAGCGUCAUGUAAAUGACUAAAAUGUAAAAAAAAUUCAAUGGUGAUCUUGUGCUCUAUUAUAUUCUGUCUCUUCUGUAUAUCUAUCUCUGGUACUAUAUAUCGAGAGAGAGAUCAUAUAUUGUAGCCUCUGUAUCUCUCUGGUCGCUCUGUAUGUCUCUCUAGGACGCUCUACGAGUGAGAGGAGAGCAUGGGAGAGAGAGAGAGCGAGAGAAGAAGAGAGAAGAGAGGAGUCUCUCUCUCUCUCUAUAGCUCUAUAUCCUCUUGUAUCUCUAUCUCUCUCUAUCUCGUAUCUCUCUCUCUAUAUGUCUCUCUCUCUCUCUCUCUUCUCUCUGUCUCUCUCUCUCUCUCUCUCUCUCUCUCUCUCUCUCUAUCUCUCUCUCGGUCCCAGGGUUCAGAAGUGUGCAGACCUGAACCAGAUGUGUACCAAGAACCUGUCCCUGCUGUUCGCCCCCAGCCUCUUCCAGACAGACGGGAAAGGAGAACACGAGGUGAAGAUCGUUGAAGACCUCAUAGACAACUACCUGUAUGUCUUUGAUGUGAGUAUGGUCUCAUAGACAUUUACCUGUAUGUCUUUGAUGUGAGUAUGGUCUCAUAGACAUUUACCUGUAUGUCUUUGAUGUGAGUAUAGUCGAACCAGAGAGGGUCAAAGCUCAAAUGCAUCACUUAGAAAUCAGGGUUGUGUUCCAUAUGUAGAAAGCAUUCUGAAUGGAUUGAAACGGGGAGGUACUACCUACCUGAACUUGUCCAAUCAGAGUACAGAUGUUCACAUUUCACUGCAAACUGUUUUGCUACAGUGUGCCCUACUGAACAUGGCCCAGGUCAAUAUGUUCUGUAAUCUAAUGAAUGAUUAGUAAAUGUUUGAUUGUGUUUGUUCAGAUUGAUGAGGAGCAACAGACCCAGAUAGAACUGGAGCUCAGCCUCAUCACCACCUGGAAGGACACACAGGUACACUUUAUGAAGGAUAUAUAAACCGUUUAUAAAGAUUUAUGAAGGGUUAGAACACAUUGGUUGGACAAACGAUUGUCUGUAAUAAGUAUCCUGUAUGUGCAGCUGUCUCAAGCAGGUGACCUGAUCAUUGAAGUGUACCUGGAGAAGAAGAUGCCAGACUGCUGCAUAACUCUGAAGGUAAGUGGCGCCGGGAUAUCUUCUGAUUUUAAUUUCAUGAAAGAUGCUAUUAUUAUUUAACCACAUGGUGGCGCCUCUCCACCCUCCACUAGUCUCUCUAGACCAGGGGUCUCCAACAGGUAGAUCCAGUAGCUUCCAGUAGCUAGCAGCCCACCUAUGAGUAGCUCGCCCAUCAAUUCUGGAAGUACAUUCAAUUUUUAUAAAUGUGUUCCAUCGCAAACCGUCAUUAACAUAAAGCUCCUGGUUCUAUCCAAUCAAAGCCACAUUGACAUUAUCCCAACGCUAGUUAGCCACGAUUGGUUUAAAAAGCCAAAUGUAACACAAUAUCUGCCGAUUUUAAUUUCAAUAUUGCCCUUGUCUGUCUGUGUGGUGCGCCCGUUUGUCUAUCGCUCCGUGUGUCGCCAGUUAGCGAUGCUAGUAGGCUAAUGAUAACCGUCUUGUGGGUAGACAGAAAGACUUUCCCCCCAAAAAAACCUUCUCAAUUAAAUGCAAAGUAGGUUUACCUGACAGAACGAUAUCAGGAUUAUUUGGGUGGAGAUUGUUUAGCUAACUCUGCAGCAGCAGGCCUAAAGAGCAGAUACAUCGCUAGACUGACACGUUCCUCUCUUGCUAGAUGUGCAAUUAAAUUACACUCAAAUCAUUUUUUGUUCGCUUUUUAUUCCAGACCUAAAAAAAAUUGUCUUCUGAUGUGAUUUAAUCAUUGACAUUGUCUCAGAACAUCCAUUUCCAUUGUUUCUCUGAAUAAUUGUAAUAUUGUGGAGAAAAAAAACAGGAAAAAAAUUAAACAGAACAGACUUCAGGAAAACCCCCUUUAGUUGUUUAAUAACCAUUAUUUUACUAGUUAUAUUGACAGAAAACACAUCACUUGUACACCAAAGAAGAGUUGCAGGGUAGCGGAGAAGAAUGGGCCUAUUUGAAAGCUAGAAAAAAACAACUAGUAGCUCACAACAUCUUUUUUUUUUAAAGUAGCUCUCAUGCAAGAAAAGGUUGGAGACCCCUGACCUAGACAGACAGGUGGCCUCCCACAAUGUACCAAUGUUGCCCUAGGUCUGGGAUUUCCGAUGAUAACCAUCUACCAUCACCUAGACUAUACAUGCUGGACAUGAGCAUUUCUGUAGAUGAGCUAGGAAGCAAACAUGCUCUGGUCUGGUUCUCUGUAGCUAUCUCUUUAUGGUCUGGAACUCUGUAGCUAUCUCUUUAUGGUCUGGUUCUCUGUAGCUAUCUCUUUAUGGUCUGGUUCUCUGUAGCUAUCUCUUUAUGGUCUGGUACUCUGUAGGUAUCUCUUUAUGGUCUGGAACUCUAGCUAUCUCUUUAUGGUCUGGUACUCUGUAGGUGUCUCUUUAUGGUCUGGUUACUCUGUAGAUAUCUCUUUAUGGUCUGGAACUCUGUAGCUAUCUCUUUAUGGUCUGGAACUCUGUAGCUAUCUCUUUAUGGUCUGGUUCUCUGUAGCUAUCUCUUUAUGGUCUGGUACUCUGUAGGUAUCUCUUUAUGGUCUGGAACUCUAGCUAUCUCUUUAUGGUCUGGUACUCUGUAGGUGUCUCUUUAUGGUCUGGAACUCUAGCUAUCUCUUUAUGGUCUGGUACUCUGUAGGUGUCUCUUUAUGGUCUGGUACUCUGUAGGUAUCUCUUUAUGGUCUGGAACUCUGUAGCUAUCUCUUUAUGGUCUGGAACUCUGUAGCUAUCUCUUUAUGGUCUGGUUCUCUGUAGCUAUCUCUUUAUGGUCUGGUACUCUGUAGGUAUCUCUUUAUGGUCUGGAACUCUAGCUAUCUCUUUAUGGUCUGGUUCUCUGUAGGUAUCUCUUUAUGGUCUGGUUCUCUGUAGGUAUCUCUUUAUGGUCUGGUUCUCUGUAGGUAUCUCUUUAUGGUCUGGUUCUCUGUAGGUGUCUCCAACCAUGGGUGCUGAGGAGUUGACUAACCAGGUCCUGUACAUGAGGAACGUCCCAGCAGGGGAGAAGGACGUGUGGCUGACGUUCGAGGCCAUAGAGGAAGGACAACUGGGUGAGAAGCAUCAUAUUACUAUCUCUGACUGGGUGAAGAGCAUGAUGUUACUAUCUCUGACUGGGUGAGGAGCAUGGUGUUACUAUCUCUGACUGGGUGAGGAGCAUGAUGUUACUAUCUCUGACUGGGUGAGGAGCAUGAUGUUACUAUCUCUGACUGGGUGAGGAGCAUGAUGUUACUAUCUCUGACUGGGUGAGGAGCAUGGUGUUACUAUCUCUGACUGGGAAUACUAUAGAACAUCUAAAAACAGCUCAAAAUAGCAUUUACAGUGCAUUCGGAAAGUAUUCAGACCCCUUGACUUUUUCAACAUUUUGUUACGUUACAGCCUUAUUCAAAAAUUGAUUACAUUGUUUUCCCCCCUCAUCAGUCUACACACAAUACCCCAUAAUGACAAAGCAAAAACAGGUUUUUAGAAUCUGUUUAUAAUUUAUAAAAAAUUAAAAACUGCAUUAUCAUAUUUACAUAAGUAUUCAGACCCUUUACUCAGUACUUUGUUGAAGCACCUUUGGCAGCGAUUACAGCCUUGAGUCUUCUUGGGUAUGACGCUACAAGCUUGGCACACCUGUAUUUGGGGAGUUUCUCCCAUUUCUUCUCUGCAGAUCCUCUCAAGCUCUGUCAGGUUGGAUGGGGAGCGUCGCUGCACAGCUAUUUUCAGGUGUCUCCAGAGAUGUUCAAGAUCCGGGCUCUGGCUGGGAUAGUUUAUCUUUGAAACGUGAAGACUUUCGCACAGUCUAGUUGUAUUCCCCUUAUAUUUUUUACGGAAGGAAAUUCCAGGACAUCAUACUGUAUAGUUUCACUUCAGGUUUUUAUUUUAUUUUUUUAUGUUCAAAUGUUGUCUUUGUUCCACAGAGCGCCCCCUACACCCCAAAGAGAAAGUGCUGGAGCAGGCACUACAGUGGUGUAAAAUGGCUGAUCCUAGUUCCGCUUACCUGGUGGUGAAGAGAGUUCCCAAAGGAGAGGGCAUUAACAUCCUGACUGGUGAAUACUGCGCAGCCCGGAGAAAUAGCUCAUUAGCUUGGUCUAUCAAUCCAAACAAUCACAAUCAUUAGCUUGGUCUAUCAAUCCCAAACAAUCACAAUCAUUAGCUUGGUCUAUCAAUCCCAAACAAUCACAAUCAUUAGCUUGGUCUAUCAAUCCCAAACAAUCACAAUCAUUAGCUUGGUCUAUCAAUCCCAAACAAUCACAAUCAAAUGACCCUCUUUGAUUUUUGAUCAUCGAUUUUAAUCAGCCCAAUUUUGUUGUUGCUCUUACGUUCAUGCGUGACCAUUUAUUUGGAGACUGUCAUUGUUAUACACAGUAUGAUUGCAAUUAUGAUGUUUUUUAAUUCACAGCCUACCAGAGUGAGAUAAUGAAGAUGGGAGUUCUUAAGUGUCGUGAAGAGCCCCCCAAACUCCUCCACGGAAAAGGCUUUCAGGAACACACCUUUCAGAUCAAAGACCACAGGCUGCUGCUGCUGAAGGACAAAAAGGUAUUUCUGCUCUCGCGUCACGGUCACAUCUUGAAGAUGGAACUCUGCGCUCAUAUGGGCCAGUGUAGUUAUCGCAGGUGGAGCUGUGAUUGUCCAGUUUGUCUUUCCUAUAAAUAUGUUCUUACUGUACAUUUCAGAGCAUCAAGCCUGAAAAGGAAUGGGCUCUGAAGUCUAUGAAGAUCUACAUGGGAAUUCGAAAGAAGCUGAAACCGCCCACUAGAUGGGGCUUUACUCUGAUGAUGGAGAAACAUCAGCUGUAGGUGUUCACUUCAAAAUCUUGUCUGGCAAUGAAAGGAAAUACCACAAUUUUGCUGCAAAUUAUUUGGGUCAUUGCAAAGGAUGUCUGGGAAAUCUCGAAUCACAACUUCUAUUGGAUAAGACUGAAACAUAUUCUUAUAGGACAUACAUCAUGUUUUCUCAAGUAUUUGAAAUUCCUCAUUGAAAUCCUCAUUGUUUACUGUAUAUUGAAUGGUUUUGGCAUGACAUAGGAUGUUAUGAUGUUAUGUAAGUGGACUACAUUGUUUUUGGGGGGAGGUUGGAAUGUCUUGUUUUAGAUCUGCCUCUCCCCUCCCCUUUUAAAUGAGACCUCCCUCCUCCCCUUUAAGAGCUAAUCACUGCUUUGUGUUUUUGUGUCUCCCAGGUACCUUUGUUGCUUUUGUGAGUCUGACCUGUGGGACUGGGUCACCAAUUUCCUCAAAGCACAGGUAUGUUGUGGAGCCUAGUUCCCCUCCUCAGUGUAUGAGUUGUUUUGCAACACUUUUACAUGAUUUAGAGUUUGCUUUCCCCAGUCUUUUUUGGGUGUAACACCUACGCUUUAGAUUUUUACUUAUGUCUGUUUCAUUUCAUCCAUUCGAUUUAAUUUUGAUUCGUUUGAUUCCCUCUAACAGAAUGAUGACACCCGACCUCCGGUGUUGAGACGUCACUCCUCCUCAGAUAUCUCCAAACAGAAGUUUGGGACCAUGCCCCUAGUACCAAUCAGAGGGGACGGACACGAGAGCAACUCUACCAUGCUGUCAGCCAAUCAGACUCUGGUACGUUCCAACUCUACCAUGCUGUCAGCCAAUCAGACUCUGGUAUGUUCCAACUCUACCAUGUUGUCAGCCAAUCAGACCCUAGUACGUUCCAACUCUACCAUGCUGUCAGCCAAUCAGACUCUGGUAUGUUUAAACUCAACCAAUUUCGACUUCAACUCAACCAUGCUCUUAGCCAAUCAGACUCUGGUAUGUUCCAACUCUACCAUGUUGUCAGCCAAUCAGACUCUGGUAUGGUUCUGCAGGAGACAACCACCCACACCCUCUACCCACCCUAUACUUUUAAGCCUGUUGUGUGCUUCCCAGUUGAAACAAUUUGCGCAUGUAUUAUGACAACAUGUUGUGGCAUUUUUGAUCGUUUUGCUGUUAGGCAGGGGUUUUUCGGCUGUUCGCUCACACACAUUUUUUUCUAGAGGCAAGUCGAAGUUCGGUAGCCGAAGUCUACACCCCUUUCGUCGGUUAUUGGUCAACAGUACUACUCCUAGUAGGAGUGAAAACUAUGGACGGGAUUAUUCAAUGAAGUGUUUGUUGUCAUUCGACUAGAGACGACUAGUUUUCAUGCAAAUUCUUUCACUUGAGAAAUACUGCACCAAACAUCUUAGUUAGAUGGAAAAUUGUGCGACUAAGACCUCCUUGGCAAAAAUGAAUUACAGAUUUCUUGAAUUAAUUUGGUAUACUGCUUAUGUUGUUGCUACGGCAUCUCAAGAGAGACAAACAGUAAUGUUCCCACUUUUUUUUCUUGUUUUUCAAGCAAAGGUCUUUUAAGGGAGUAUGCGAGGCACAGACGUUCAUUUCACCUAGCCGAGUUCUGCUAGGAGCACACUGAACCUAGUAUGGGGAGCCUUUAGCUAACUGAACCUAGUAUGGGGAGCCUUUAGCUAACUGAACCUAGUAUUGGGGAGCCUUAGCUAACUGGAACCUAGUAUGGGGAGCCUGUUACCAUGAACCUAGUAUGGGGAGCCUUUGGCUAACUGAACCUAGUAUGGGGAGCCUUUGCCAACUGAACCUAGUAUGUGACCUUUAGCUAACUAAACCUAGUAUGGGGAGCCUUUAGCUAACCGACUGGUAUGUGAGCUUUUAGCUAACCGAACCUAGUAUGGGGAGCUUUAGCUAACUGAACCUAGUAUGGGGAGCCUUUAGCUAACUGAACCUAGUAUGGGGAGCCUUUAGCCAACUGAACCUAGUAUGGGGAGCCUUUAGCUAACUGAACCUAGUAUGGGGAGCCUUUAGCCAACUGAACCUAGUAUGGGGAGCCUUUAGCCAACUGAACCUAGUAUGGGGAGCCUUUAGCUAACCGAACCUAGUAUGGGGAGCCUUUUAGCUAACCGAACCUGUAUGGGGAGCCUUUAGCUAACCGAACCUAGUAUGGGGAGCCUUUAGCUAACUGAACCUAGUAUGGGGAGCCUUUAGCUAACUGAACCUGGUAUGGGGAGCCUUUAGCUAACGAACCUGGUAUGGGGAGCCUUUAGCUAACUGAACCUAGUAUGGGGAGCCUUUAGCUAACCGAACCUAGUAUGGGGAGCCUUUAGCUAACUGAACCCUAGUAUGGGGAGCCUUUAGCUAACUGAACCUAGUAUGGGGAGCCUUUAGCUAACUGAACCUAGUAUGGGGAGCCUUUAGCUAACUGAACCUAGUAUGGGGAGCCUUUAGCUAACUGAACCUAGUAUGGGGAGCCUUUAGCUAACUGAACCUGGUAUGGGGAGCCUUUAGCUAACCGAACCUAGUAUGGGGAGCCUUUAGCUAACCGAACCUAGUAUGGGGAGCCUUUAGCUAACUGAACCUAGUAUGGGGAGCCUUUAGCUAACUGAACCUGGUAUGGGGAGCCUUUAGCUAACUGAACCUAGUAUGGGGAGCCUUUAGCUAACUGAACCUAGUAUGGGGAGCCUUUAGCUAACUGAACCUAGUAUGGGGAGCCUUUAGCUAACCGAACCUAGUAUGGGGAGCCUUUAGCUAACCGAACCUAGUAUGGGGAGCCUUUAGCUAACUGAACCUAGUAUGGGGAGCCUUUAGCUAACUGAACCUAGUAUGGGGAGACUUUAGCUAACCGAACCUAGUAUGGGGAGCCUUUAGCUAACCGAACCUAGUAUGGGUGCCUUUAGCUAACUGAACCUAGUAUGGGGAGCCUUUAGUCACAUCAGUACUGCACGUUUGGGUUGUUGUUGACGUUUUGCAUGUUUUGAGCCCAAGUUGUUUACUUCACACAAAGCUUGUUUUUGUAUCGAGAUCACUCCUUUCUGUCUCCCAUUUCUGUAACCCUUUGGUAUCUAGUAUGUAUAGUAUUCCAUGUCCUUCACUAUCCCUUUACUGUAGAGUAUUCACUAUGGGCCAGUUUCCCUGACCCAGAUUAAGACUAGUUCUGGACUGAAAAAGCAAGUCAAAGCAUAAUUUUUGGUCCAGCAAUAGGCUUAAUCUGGGUCAGGAAAACUGUCUCCAUUUAUACAACGAGUGGUCUAAUCCUGGAUGCUGAUUGGUUAAAACCACAUUCCAGCCGGUGUCUAUUCCACAAAUUACCACCGGCUAAAACAAUGACGUUGAAAUGCCUAAUUACUCUGCUUCAUCUCACCGUGCAAUCCACUGUCUCAUCAGCCCAGCCAGGCAAUUUAUAAACUUGAUCUCCACUGUAAAAAGCAUCUAGACAUUAUCUCCCAUUUCUUUUACACUAGCAAUUGGUUUUCAACAGCAGAGAUUUGUAUAAAACUGGCUGUCUGUCUCUGACAUUUGCAACAUUGUUUCAAUAUUCAAAUUCGAUCUCCAGCUGUCCCAUAGUAAUAAAUGUGUCGGGAAGAGACAGACAGGCAGGCAGGCAGCUUUUCUCAGCCAGUCGAAAUCAUGAAUCAGCAUAAUUUUUAUGGACAUAUACAGAGAAAUGUAAAUAGAAAACUGGUAAAACAAAACGAAAUGCAGCUAGUUUGCAUCUUUCCAGCUUCAGUUUAAAGUGAUUGUGUUAGCUGUGUUGUUGGCUGAAAGACUGGGUCGCGUCCAUAGAUACAGAACAAAAAGACUGAACGACUGGGUCGCGUCCAUAGAUACAGAACAAAAAGACUGAACGACUGGGUCGCGUCCAUAGAUACAGAACAAAAAGACUGAACGACUGGGUCGCGUCCAUAGAUACAGAACAAAAAGACUGAACGACUGGGUCGUGUCCAUAGAUACAGAACAAAAAGACUGAACGACUGGGUCGUGUCCAUAGAUACAGAACAAAAAGACUGAACGACUGGGUUGUGUCCAUAGAUACAGAACAAAAAGACUGAACGACUGGGUCGUGUCCAUAGAUACAGAACAAAAAGACUGAACGACUGGGUUGUGUCCAUAGAUACAGAACAAAAAGACUGAACGACUGGGUCGCGUCUAUAGAUACAGAACAAAAAGACUGAACGACUGGGUCGCGUCUAUAGAUACAGAACAAAAAGACUGAACGACUGGGUUGUGUCCAUAGAUACAGAACAAAAAGACUGAACGACUGGGUUGUGUCCAUAGAUACAGAACAAAAAGACUGAACGACUGGGUCGCGUCUAUAGAUACAGAACAAAAAGACUGAACGACUGGGUCGUGUCCAUAGAUACAGAACAAAAAGACUGAACGACUGGGUUGUGUCCAUAGAUACAGAACAAAAAGACUGAACGACUGGGUCGCGUCUAUAGAUACAGAACAAAAAGACUGAACGACUGGGUCAUGUCCAUAGAUACAGAACAAAAAGACUGAACGACUGGGUUGUGUCCAUAGAUACAGAACAAAAAGACUGAACGACUGGGUUGUGUCCAUAGAUACAGAACAAAAAGACUGAACGACUGGGUCGUGUCUAUAGAUACAGAACAAAAAGACUGAACGACUGGGUCGCGUCUAUAGAUACAGAACAAAAAGACUGAACGACUGGGUCGCGUCUAUAGAUACAGAACAAAAAGACUGAACGACUGGGUCGCGUCCAUAGAUACAGAACAAAAAGACUGAACGACUGGGUCGCGUCCAUAGAUACAGAACAAAAAGACUGAACGACUGGGUUGUGUCCAUAGAUACAGAACAAAAAGACUGAAUGACUGGGUCGCGUCCAUAGAUACAGAACAAAAAGACUGAACGACUGGGUUGUGUCCAUAGAUACAGAACAAAAAGACUGAACGACUGGGUUGUGUCCAUAGAUACAGAACAAAAAAGGACUGGAAUGACUGGGUCGCAUCCAUAGAGAUACAGAACAAAAAGACUGAAAUGACUGGGUCGCGUCUAUAGAUACAGAACAAAAAGACUGAACGACUGGGUCGCGUCCAUAGAUACAGAACAAAAGACUGAACGACUGGGUUGUGUCCAUAGAUACAGAACAAAAAGACUGAACGACUGGGUCGCGUCCAUAGAUACAGAACAAAAAGACUGAACGACUGGGUUGUGUCCAUAGAUACAGAACAAAAAGACUGAAUGACUGGGUCGCAUCCAUAGAUACAGAACAAAAAGACUGAAUGACUGGGUCGCGUCUAUAGAUACAGAACAAAAAGACUGAAUGACUGGGUCGCGUCCAUAGACACAGAACAAAAAGACUGAACGACUGGGUCGCGUCCAUAGAUACAGAACAAAAAGACUGAACGACUGGGUCGCGUCCAUAGAUACAGGACAAAAAGACUGAACGACUGGGUCGCCGUCUGUCGUGUCAUAGAUACAGAACAAAAGACUGAAGACGGGUCGCACCUAGAUAAGACAAAGUGAAUGAUGGUCGUCAUAGAUACAGAACAAAAAGACUGAAGACUGGGUCGCGUCUAUAGAUACAGAACAAAAAGACUGAAUGACUGGGUCUCGUCUAUAGAUACAGAACAAAAAGACUGAAGAGGGUGUUUAAGUACGACGAGACUGGGUCGCGUCAUAGAUACAGAACAAAAAGACUGAACGACUGGGUCAUGUCUAUAGAUACAGAACAAAAAGACUGAACGACUGGGUUGUGUCUAUAGAUACAGAACUGAAAGACUGGGUCGUGUCUAUAGAUACAGAACAAAAAGACUGAACGACUGGGUUGUCGUCCAUAGAUACAGAACAAAAAGGCUGAAGGACUGGGUCGUGUCCAUAGAUACAGAACAAAAAGGCUGAAGGACUGGGUCGUGUUCCUGCAACCGAACCGAUAGAACAAACAACCAGCCGGCUUGUGGUAGCAACCCUAGAUUUGUGUCGCGACUAUACAGUUGAAGUCGGAAGUUUACCUAAACAUAGGUUGGAGUCAUUAAAACUUGUUUUUCAACCACUCCACAUUUCUUAUUAACAAACUAUAGUUUUGGCAAGUCGGUUAGGACAUCUAUUUUGUGCAUGACACAAGUAAUUUUUCCAACAAUUGUUUACAGACAGAUUAUUUCACUUAUAAUUCACUGUAUCACAAUUCCAGUGGGUCAGAAGUUUACAUAAGUUGACUGUGCCUUUAAACAGCUUUGAAAAUUCCAGAAAAGGAUGUCAUGGCUUUAGAAGCUUCUGAUAGGCUAAUUGACAUCAUUUGAGUCAAUUGGAGGUGUACCUGUGGAUGUAUUUCAAGGCCGACCGUCAAACUCAGUGCCUCUUUGGUUGACAUCAUGGGAAAAUCAAAAGAAAUCAGCCAAGACCUCCGAAAAAAAUGUUGUAGACCCUCCACAAGUCUGGUUAAUCCUUGGGAGCAAUUUCCAAACGCCUGAAGGUACCACGUUCAUCUGUACAAACAAUAGUACACAAGUAUAAACACCAUGGGACCACGCAGCCGUCAUACCACUUAGGAAGGAGACGCAUUCUGUCUCCUAGAGAUGAACGUACUUUGGUGCUAAAAAAGUGCAAAUCAAUCCCAGAACAAAUGCAAAGGACCUUGUGAAGAUGCUGGAGGAAACAGGUACAAAAGUAUCUAUAUCCACAGUAAAACAAGUCCUAUAUCUACAUAACCUGAAAGGCCGCUCAGCAAGGAAGAAGCCACUGCUCCAAAACUGCCAUAAAAAAGCCAGACUACGGUUUGCAACUGUACAUGUGGACAAAGAUCAUACUUUUUGGAGAAAUGUCCUCUGGUCUGAUGAAACCAAAAUAGAACUGUUUGGCCAUAAUGACCAUUGUUAUGUUUGGACGAAAAAGGGUGUGGCUUGCAAGCCAAAGAACACCAUCCCAACCGUGAAGCACGGGGGUGGCAGCAUCAUGCAGUGGGGGGGUGCUUUGCUGCAGGAGGGACUGGUGCACUUCAGUAGAAUAGAUGGCAUCAUGAGGAAGGAAAAUGAUGUGGAUAUAUUGAAGCAACAUCUCAAGACAUCAGUCAGGAAGUUAAAGCUUGGUCGCAAAUGGGUCUUCCAAAUGGACAACCCCAAGCAUACUUCCAAAGUUGUGGCAAAAUGGCUUAAGGACAACAAAGUCAAGGUAUUGGAGUGGCCAUCACAAAGCCCUGACCUCAAUCCUAUAGAAUAUUUGUGGGAGAACUGAAAAAGUGUGUGCGGGCAAGGAGGCCUACAAACCUGACUCAGUUACACCAGCUCUGUCGGGGGGAAUGGGCCAAAAUUCCACCCGACAGGUUUGACCCAAGUUAAACAAUUUAAAGGCAAUGCUACCAAAUACUAAUUGAGUGUAUGUAAACUUCUGACCCACUGGGAAUGUGAUAAAAUAAAUAAAAGCUGAAAUAAAUAAUUCUCUCUACUAUUAUUCUGACAUUUUCACAUUCUUAAAAUAAAGUGGUGAUCCUAACUGACCUAAGACAGGGAAUUUUUACUAGGAUUAAACUGAGUUUAAAUGUAUUUGGCUAAGGUGUAUGUAAACUUCAGACUUCAACUGUAUCUUGUGGAAGGAUUAAAGAGUAUGAAUAAAUUUUAAUCAAAAUAACGUUUUAAAUGAAAAUAUGUAAAUCAUUAUUUGAAUAUGUUGGUAACCUGUUGUAUAAAAGUGAUAAGGCCCUCGAAGCUGGUGUUUUGGAGGAUAUAUUGGCACGGUUUGCAGCACUCGACUUCGUAUCGGGCCCAACAACACCCGUGCCAGUCUAUCCUCCAAACACCGGCUUCUCGGGCAUUAUCACUUAAAUGUCUUUGUUUUUCUCUUCAGCGAAAGCUUCACGCCAGAAGGACUCUCUCCAUGUUCUUUGUAAGUAUGCACACCUUGGUGAAUCUUCAUCCUUACUUUCAACCCGGGGGCUCAGUUGGUAGAGCAUGGCGCUUGCAAUACCAGGGUUGUGGGUUUGAUUCCCACGGGGGACCAGUAAGGAAAUGUAUUCACUCACUACUGUAAGUAGCUCUGGACAAGAGUGUCUGCUAAAUUACAACAACAAAAAAAUAUUCUCAUCUAACAAGAAGCUAAGGAUGAAAACAGAACACAAUGUUUCUUUUGAAGGUUGCUAUUGGACUUGUUUAACGCUCUCCUAACUCGCAUAACUAACAGUUCUCCAAAGCCUCUCUCUGUCUGUGUAAAGACAUUCCCUUGGUUUAUACAGGGACUAUAUCUGACCCAACCACGCAUCCACUUCCUGAUGGAAGCCCUGACUUCCUGGUAUUACAGCAUCAGGAUGUUGAUGUGUAGACAACAGGAUGGACUGGGAAGGAGAUGUCGUUCUCCAGUAUUGUUCUGGUUCUAUGGCCCUUAGCCUUGAGGGGGAGGCCUGGUGAGGCUUAGUGAAGUACCUGCUUGUGUUUUACAGAACAGUCUGCCGUGGUUAUUAGGCUACAUUUUAGUCAUUUAGCAGACGCUCUUAUAAAAAUUUUUCAUACUGGCCCCCCGUGGGAAUCGAACCCACAACCCUGGCGUUGCAAACGCCAUGCUCUACCAACUGAGCUACAUCCCUGCCGGGCCAUUCCCUCCCCUACCCUGGGCCAAUUGUGCGCCGCCCCAUGGGUCUCCCGGUCGCGGCCGGCUACAACAGAGCCUGGAUUCGAACCAGGAUCUCUAGUGGCACAGCUAGCACUGCAAUGCGGCGCCUUAGACCACUGCGCCACUCGGGAGACCAAGCUACUGUUCUACCUACUGGAAGUAACCCAGCCCAAAAUGCAUUUACAAGGGAAUUUUUUUCCUUGAAAUUUUCUUUUGUCCCUCGGUGUAUUGAGUAAUUGCCUUGAGGUUGUUGCUGAGGUGCCAGAACAAUGGCCAGACCUUAAUAAGAGGAAGUCUGUUGUUUUUAACGUCAUUGUCGAAGAAGGGUAACUCCCUUCCAUGUUUGUCCCAUUAAAUUAACCACACGUUUCUUUUGUCACUGUAAUGGCAGAUCAUCUCCUUAAUACCUACUUAAAAUCUGAUCAUUCCUAACAAAUAGUUACAUUGUAACCCCUUUUAUUAUUAUAAUGGUUCUAAUUCUGCUUUUGCCUCGAACGUUCCAGAGCUUUACAUAGUGUAUAAUCAAUCAUACAAAGAACUCUGGUUGGGUUCAAAUUCAGAGAGUUUCUAACUCCCUCUGUUCUCUCUUCUCUUCUCCUCUCCCCCCUCUCCUCCACCCAGCCCAUGAAGGUGCAGCAGGACUCGUUCGAGGAGCGUCCAGAGCCAGAACCACCAGAACCCCCAGAACCCCUGUACGAGGAAGUAGGAGACUUCGGUUUGCAAGUCCUCAAGUCCUUGGAGACCAGCUUCCUCUCCAACAACACCUCAGAGACCCAAGAGGUCCCUGACCGGCCCCUGAGCCUCAGCCUGGGCCCCCGGAAGACAGGCUCCCUGGACCACAUGAUCGGCCCCAACCCGGUGCACUCUCUGGGGCUGGGAGGAGAGGGUCUGCUGCCCCCUGCUGGUUCUCUGGAUACCCUGGUGCUGGGUGGAGGAGGCGACCUCCAGGAGUCUCCCCAGCCAGUGCCGAGGAGGAGGCAGCAGCACAGGCCCUGUACCCCCUCUCAGGAGCUGCUCCUCCAGGAACUGUCCUCCGUCUUCACCAAGAAGACGGAGAAUGAGGAGAAACUGCCAGGAGAGAAGAAUGUUAUCUGAGGAGAGGAAGAUAUGUGUGCACAUGUAGACUCAGACAGACAGACAGAAGACUGGAAUAACAUGGGAGUAUGGACAGAACCCAUUUGUUUGGGUGGUGUGUCAAAAAUACAUGAUCAUGUAUGAAUAACCAUUUACUUAUGUUUUAUCCUACAAACGAUUUACUGCUCUGCUAUCACUGUGAUGUACAUAUCCGUUUUAUAUUGAAAGAUGCUUCUUGGAUUAUAACAACCUUGCUAAUUGCUUUAGCUAUUAACUAUGGGAUACCUUUUUGUACUUGUUUUUGAAUAGUUUACUAAACCACUGAGGGAGAAGAGAAAUGGAUCUCUCAUCAGGCAUUGUUGAUGGUAAUGCAUUAGGCAUUAAACAUUCUUUUUUUUAGUCUUAAUCAACUGGAUUUUAAAUAUAAGUGUGUUACAGUCUCUGUAUGUAUUAAUUUAUUUUUGAAAUGAUAUUUUAUCAACUUUUCUUUUUGUAAAAACUGUGAAAGUAACAAAAACAGAGUUUUGCUUCUAGACAGCCACAGAUAAUCCAGAGUGUUGCUACACAAUCUGACCAGUAGGUGGCAGUAUGCACACUAUCUUCUAGAUAGUACAAAUGGAUUCUUAGUUUUAUUCACCAUGCACAACCACUGUAUGAUGUGAAUAGAGCCAAAUAUAAUAAUUAUUAGUGGCACUACAUUUUAAUAUUCUGAAUUCAUGUUUGCACUACCAAGUCUACUGCUUUUUCAUUAAUAUGCCGUAUUCAAGAUAUCCUCCCUUUUUUUUCUCAUCAAUCUAAAUACACAAUAAGAUAUUCCAAUUUGACUUCCUUUGCCAAGUGUCUAUAGUGUUGUUGUCCAUUAGUUUUAUUCCCAAUUUACUGUAAAUAGUGUACAUUAUUCUGUAUGCUUAUACCAUUUCAAUAUUCAUGAUGCAGUAUUUCACAUUGUUGUCACUACAUGAAGGACUAUAUUAAAUAUGAUAUUUGUAGUUUUAUGAUGCGUCCAAUCUCUUAAUUUUCCACUAUUUUAGGAUUGAGAAUUUGAUUUAUAUAAUUUCACAUUAUUUGUAAAUGCAAGUAGUGUGAAGUAACACAGCGCUAGUGUCUGAGUAAAUGAUGUUUACACGUUUAGUCAUAGUUCUUUCAUUACCUGGUGGUCUUCUGUCUUCUUACUGCCUUGAUUGUGACACCUCAUGCAAAAUAAUCACCAUUCUCUGUAUGUCCUCUUUGUCCAAUCACAUUCCUUUUUUUAAAGUCAGCCUUGUUUUUAGUGAAUUCUGUUUCUACUGACCUCUGAAAUGAGAAGCCUUUUCAAGGGCGGAUGUCUUCGGCUUCUACUGACCUCUGAAAUGAGAAGCCUUUUCAAGGAUGGCUUCUGUUUCUACUGACCUCUGAAAUGAGAAGCCUUUUCAAGGGAGGGUGGAUUGUGUUUCUACUGACCUCUGAAAUGACAAGCCUUAUCAAAUCUGAGACAAAUCUAUAUUUAGAAAAAGGUUCAACAUAACUAAACCAGGCCGUGUAGAAGGCUUUCCUUAGCAGUUCUCCUCCUCAUGGUCAAUGACUGGUAUAAAAAAUAUACAGUGGGGAAAAAAAGUAUUUAGUCAGCCACCAAUUGUGCAAGUUCUCCCACUUAAAAAGAUGAGAGAGGCCUGUAAUUUUCAUCAUAGGUACACGUCAACUAUGACAGACAAAAUGAGAAAAAAAUUUCCAGAAAAUCACAUUAUAGGAUUUUUAAUGAAUUUAUUUGCAAAUUAUGGUGGAAAAUAAGUAUUUGGUCAAUAACAAAAGUUUCUCAAUACUUUGUUAUAUACCCUUUGUUGGCAAUGACACAGGUCAAAUGUUUUCUGUAAGUCUUCACAAGGUUUUCACACACUGUUGCUGGUAUUUUGGCCCAUUCCUACAUGCAGAUCUCCUCUAGAGCAGUGAUGUUUUGGGGCUGUUGCUGGGCAACACGGACUUUCAACUCCCUCCAAAGAUUUUCUAUGGGGUUGAGAUCUGGAGACUGGCUAGGCCACUCCAAGACCUUGAAAUGCUUCUUACGAAGCCACUCCUUCGUUGCCCGGGCGGUGUGUUUGGGAUCAUUGUCAUGCUGAAAGACCCAGCCACGUUUCAUCUUCAAUGCCCUUGCUGAUGGAAGGAGGUUUUCACUCAAAAUCUCACGAUACAUGGCCCCAUUCAUUCUUUCCUUUAUAUGGAUCAGUCGUCCUGGUCCCUUUGCAGAAAAACAGCCCCAAAGCAUGAUGUUUCCACCCCCAUGCUUCACAGUAGGUAUGGUGUUCUUUGGAUGCAACUCAGCAUUCUUUGUCCUUCAAACACGACGAGUUGAGUUUUUAACAAAAAGUUAUAUUUUGGUUUCAUCUGACAUUCUCCCAAUCCUCUUCUGGAUCAUCCAAAUGCACUCUAGCAAACUUCAGACGGGCCUGGACAUGUACUGGCUUAAGCAGGGGGACACGUCUGGCACUGCAGGAUUUGAGUCCCUGGCGGCGUAGUGUGUUACUGAUGGUAGGCUUUGUUACUUUGGUCCCAGCUCUCUGCAGGUCAUUCACUAGGUCCCCCGUGUGGUUCUGGGAUUUUUGCUCACCGUUCUUGUGAUCAUUUUGACACCACGGGGUGAGAUCUUGCGUGGAGCCCCAGAUCGAGGAAGAUUAUCAGUGGUCUUGUAUGUCUUCCAUUUCCUAAUAAUUGCUCCCACAGUUGAUUUCUUCAAACCAAGCUGCUUACCUAUUGCAGAUUCAGUCUUCCCAGCCUGGUGCAGGUCUACAAUUUUGUUUCUGGUGUCCUUUGACAGCUCUUUGGUCUUGGCCAUAGUGGAGUUUGGAGUGUGACUGUUUGAGGUUGUGGACAGGUGUCUUUUAUACUGAUAACAAGUUCAAACAGGUGCCAUUAAUACAGGUAACGAGUGGAGGACAGAGGAGCCUCUUAAAGAAGAAGUUACAGGUCUGUGAGAGCCAGAAAUCUUGCUUGUUUGUAGGUGACCAAAUACUUAUUUUCCACCAUAAUUUGCAAAUAAAUUCAUAAAAAAUCCUACAAUGUGAUUUUCUGGAGAGAAAAAAAUCUCAAUUUGUCUGUCAUAAUUGACGUGUACCUAUGAUGAAAAUUACAGGCCUCUCAUCUUUUUAAGUGGGAGAACCUGCACAAUUGGUGGCUGACUAAAUACUUUUUUCCCCACUGUAUAAUGAAUGUUACACUUUGUUACUUGUUGUUAAAGGUAAUUUUCUAGUCCUUUUAAAAAUUUUAUUCCAACUUCCGUCUUUGACACCGCUUUAGAAUUGUCACAGCUCGUAUGGAUGCAAACAAAAAAACUGCAUCCCUCCCGACGCUUAUACCACUUUCUCUUCCUUCUCUCCCCCCUCUCCCCUUCUCCCCCCCCCCCCCCACUCUCCCUCCCCCCCCCCCCCUCUCUCUCUCCCCUCUCCCCUCUCCCCUUCUCUCUGCCAUGCUCCCCUGUUCCAGUGGUGGACUUAGUGAUUUGGAGGCCCCAGGCAGCGGCCAGUCUGAGCCCCCACUUGUGAAUUUAUGUCACCAGAGAAAGCAUCCAAGAGCGUGAAACCGUGCCCGUCUGUCUUACUAUUUGUAGCCUAUGUGUCUAUACUCUUUUUGGCCAGACAGCAUCAGCACGUACAUGUCCUCUGCAUCCACGAAGAUGGUAGUAUUAUCAGCAGCACCUGUCUUUUUACUAAAGAAAUGCGUUAACUGAAGUUAUUUUUCUGUUCAAAUUAAAUCGUCUUCAUUUUUAUUUUCUCUGCCCGCUCUAAAAGCACCUCAUUGCUGCUUCGAGUGGAGCAUAGGGGGCCUCGAGUGGAGCAUGGGGGGGGGGGCCUCGAAUGGAGCAUGGGGGGGGGCCUCGAAUGGCGCAUGGGGGGGGGGCCUCGAGUGGAGCAUGGGGGGGGGGGGCUAUAGUGGAGCAUGGGGGGGGGCCUCUAGUGGAGCAUGGGGGGGCCUCUAGUGAAGCAUGGAGGGGGGGGGGGGCUCUAGUGGAGCAUGGGGGGGGGGGGGGGGGCGCUCUAGUGGAGCAUGGGGGGGCCUCUAGUGGAGCAUGGGGGGGGGCUCUAGUGGAGCAUGGAGGGGGGGGGCCUCUAUGGAGCAUGGGGGGGGGCCUCUAGUGGAGCAUGGGGGGGGGCCUCUAGUGGAGCAUGGGGGGGGCCUCUAGUGGAGUAUGGGGGGGGGGCUCUAGUGGAGCAUGGGGGGGGGGGGGGGGGGCCUCGAGUGGAGAAAUAAAAUAAUAAAAAUGAUUAGAUUAUUAUUAUUUGUAUUACUAUGCCCAGCUCACGAGGACCUUGAUGAUAUGAGGCCUGAGGCAGUUGCCUCUUCUGCCUAAUGGUAAGUCCACCACUGCCCUUCUCUCCUCUUCUCUCCCCCACUCUCUUAACCAGUAGCUUUCAGAUGCUAAAUAAGCAGACAUAUGGAGAGGAGGUCUUUCUCCGGCCCUCCUAAAGUUUCAGAUUGUAUGACAAAUCACGUCCCCCUGCACCCCCAGCCCCACACAGACUCAGCAGACAACAGCUUCAUUAGAGUGAAAGAGGGAGUUUUCGCAGCUUUGUCGAGUCAAGCUCAGACCCUUUCACCUUCUCAAUUACUCCAUUGUUGGCACCGGCUUCAAGUUAUUGCACUCCAAACCAUAUGGCUCAGUCGAGAUGCCACCUCUGCAGCAGAACUUUACCAGAGAAGUCCAGUUCAAGGUACAUUACAUUACAUUUUUUUUACAUUUUAGCAGACGCUCUUAUCCAGAGCGACUUACAGUUAGUGAGUGCAUACAUUAUUAUUAUUUUAUUUUAUUUUUUUCAUACUGGCCCCCCUGUGGGAAUCGAACCCACAACCCAGGCGUUGCAAACGCCAUGCUCUACCAACUGAACUACACGGGGCCCUUUUUCUUUCCCAUUUUCUCAGCCUUCUGCCUCUUUUCCUCUGCUCCUCUUUUAUUUUGCUAUUUUCUGACAAUAAUCUGGGAACACCUUGACACCUUCGUAGUGCUUGUUCAGCAUGACAUGCGGCUCUGCCAAGGUUUUUUUUGAUGGCAAUGUUUUCCCCAUUUACAACCACCCCUUCCUGGUUCUGACCCCAGUGUGCUUCGGCCACCCACUGUCUCUGGCUGUUGUUGUAGCAGCGGUAAGUUGUCCACAGGAGAGAUGGGAUGUUCACUCGUUUGUUCAGUUUUGUCGUUUUCACUCUCACUGGGCACUGCUCCAGGUGCCAGACAGGCUAGCCCCAAGAGUUAUGAUAUUGACACUUAUAGGGAUACAGUCAACAGUCAACAUACAGGGAAAGUUUGAAUGUAACAUAAGGGUUGAAACUCCAAAAAUGUAUUACUAUAGUGUUAUUCCUAUAUUCUAACCCAUGAUCAGUAUUAUUAUUCAGAUCAAUCAUAUGAAGACUUGUAAAGGGUGAUAACACACUCAUUCAACUCAGAAUCCCACCAUAAUAAACUGCUCUUGUGUAAAGCAUUCUCCUGGGUGUACAGCACAUGGGCGUGGUGUUGUCAACAUCUCUGGGGACCACGUCCCUUCUUCCAGGGGCCUGUGGCCAUACGGUGGUGUUUACUCUGCUGAUGAGGUCAGGUUCUACAUCACAGUGA